AUGGUCUCUGCGCAGACUUAUAGCACCCUUGAGGUAGACCCUCCUCGACCAGAGGCCGGACUCGAGGUACAUCAUGAUCAAGGAGUAAAUGCCUGGGAUACCGAGAGUCGGUACCUUCAACGAACGUCAGACAUAUACAAGAAGCAAGAUCAGCAAGGCUACGACCAGCCCUUUCCCCAGCAACACGACGACUCAACGACCAAGCCUGGGCGGAAAGAUACCAUCUGUGGCCUUUCGCGGCGAGUCUUCAUCAUAGUGCUGGUCGCCAGCCUUGUAAUACUUAUUGGCGCCAUCGCUGGUGGUGUUGCUGGAGGUGUGCUUAGUCGUCGGAGUACUGCUAAGAGUACUUCGCAUUGCAUCCUAAGUACCUCGAGACUUGCAGCAGCUAACCGAACAAGCGGGGGAAUCGAUCAAAGAACGGUUUUCUUCCAAGAUGCUACCGGAGCACUGAUCGCACGGAUCCUACGGGAACCUUCAACGGAGUGGGCGACUACUAAUCUUACUCUCAAGUUCCAAUCCACAACCAACGCUAUCAGUAUUCCUCGCGGUGCUCCGAUGGCAGCGGUAGCCUGCGCAGGGUACGGUUGUGGCGAAACUAGGCUAUUUUACGUCGCAACCGAUGGAAUCAUACACGACGUCAAGGAAGGCGAGAGUACUCAAUGGAAUUCUGACGGUUCGGUCGUUGAUGCCAGGAUCGGCCCUUUGCCCGGUUCACAACUUGCGGCAACGUUCACUCAACGACUACCAGACGAGACUGAGCGGAAGGAUAGCAACGCUGAACGACAAAACCGGCUCAUUGCAUAUCAAGGGCUGAAUGGGAAGGUUUAUGUCGCCAACGACACCAACACAUACGCCAACCCUCAGCCAUUAGAAUUCAUGCCCAACUGGACAACGAAUACCAGUCUUGCCAUCAUUGCACAAUUUGGUGGCGCGGUGCUUGAUAAAGCCAGUCUGGUAGCAAAGGGGCCGGGGACGGUAGAUUCAGAGGUCAGUAUGAUAGAGGCCAGACUCGACUUAGAGACCAAGUCAUGGGUGAAAGAACCUGUCGUAAUAGACAGCAUCCUUCAAUCCCAAGAUUCAUCAUCGUCGACGGCAGCCCCUCAAUUCGCUGUCACGAUGCGAAGCAACUGGUUAGACACCAUCUAUUUGUCUCUCAACUCUGACGGAACGAUGGCUGGCCGUAUCAUCGGUCAGCACAAUGAGACGAUGAGCCAGAUCACACUCGAAAAGUCUGGGGGAAAUCUCGCAAAAUUUUCGGCCAUUGCAACAACGAUGGACGGGCACCUCUACGGUAUUGUUGACGAUACGAUACGGGAGUACUCUUUCGAUACAUCCGAUGCGUCUAUUUUACAUCUCGACGGAAUUGUCUAUGACUGCUCGACAAACAAAUCUUCCUAG